UAGCUGUGAUCUUAGUGGAAGUACGGUAGUUGUCAUUGUUUAACCCAUUUGUUAAAGAGACGUAAAUUGGGAUUAUUCAACAUGUCUGUUGAUUCAGAAGUUUUGUUCUUUGAGUUUGAUCAACAGAAGGAUAGUAUGUUGCACAACAUGAAUCUUCUGAGAGAACAAAACCUGUUCUGUGACGUGUCCAUAUAUAUCAAUGACACAGAAUUUCCUGGACAUAAAGUUGUAUUUGCAGCAUGCUCUACAUUCAUGAGGGAUCAGUUUUUACUGAGCCAUUCUAAAGAGGUCCAGAUCUCUAUACUACAGAAUCCUGAAGUUGGACGACAACUGCUCCUGUCAUGCUAUACAGGUAUUCUCAAAGUGAAGAAAAAGGAGUUAUUGAGCUACCUGACCUCUGCAAGUUACCUUCAAAUGAGUCAUAUUGUAGAGAAAUGUACAGAAGCCUUGACUAAGUAUUUGGACACAAAACCUACUGCAAAUGAAACCGUAUGUAGCAUUGAAGAAAGUGGCACUGAAAUACGAAGUAGUGGAGAUUGCAGUAGCAAAAGAACUGUCCAGAGUUUUGAACCCUUGAUUGGUAGUAGUUCAAGCACAGAUUUCCCCUUGAGGCAUGAGAAUGCAGAAAUGAGUUUGCAGUCCACUUUCAGAAGAUUAAAAUUUGGUCUACCAGAAUUGAAAUCAGCUGAGAUUCCAGAAUACAUUGAUGAUUGCCAGGACAGUGAUAUUUGUAUUGUUAAAGUAGAAUCCAUAAGUAGAGCUUCAGGAAGUGGGGAAGCUAGCCAGAUUAUUAAAGCUUGUAGUAAUUCACCUGAAACCAGAUUGUAUUACUCUGAGACACAGCACUCAAUGAUUAAUUCAACUGUUGAUACAAGAUUCAGUGAAAUGACAAGAAACCAUUUACAGGGCUAUUUUAAUGAGAGUGUUGAAGUUCAGCCUCUUCAAGGGAAUACUUCAGUAGUACAAGAUGGAGGGGUAUCAUGGAGACAUCAAUGUCCUAAAUGCCCACGAGUCUUCCGACAGCUAGAAAACUACUUAAGACAUUUAAAGAUGCAUAAACUGUUCUUGUGCUUGCAGUGUGGUAAGACAUUUACACAGAAAAAGAAUCUGAACAGACAUAUGCGUGGUCAUAUGGGAAUCCGCCCUUUCCAGUGUACUGUAUGCAUGAAAACCUUCACUGCCAAGAGUACUCUGCGUGAUCAUAUGAAUAUCCAUAGUGGAGACCGUCCAUAUAAAUGCCACUUUUGCAGCACAGAUUUCAAGCACAAGUCUGCAUUAAAAAAACACCUUACAUCAGUGCAUGGAAAAAACAGUUAUGAAAAUAUUGCCCAGCUUGUCAUGAGCGGUGCUUCUGGUGAUACUUGCUAGUAGCGACAUAUUAUUCAGUUUUGUUUUUGUGUUUUUAAUAGUGCUCCUUAUCUGGUAAUCAUCAGUGUAAAUCUUUUCCAGCCUGUAACCAGUGACAUUUCAUUUGUUACAUGCAUUUUAUUUUUAACAAAGUGGUUUUAUCUCAAAGCAAAAUAUUGUAUAAUUUCAGACCCCCCCCCCCCCCCCCCAAAAAAAAAGUCUCCAGAAAUGCAGAAAACAAGGAACCAUGUAAAAUUAUGACAGGUUACUUUACUAUCACACUUUGCUUUUGGAGAUUACUGUACCUCUUUUAAUCCUUUACCAUCUUGACAGAUAUUUACCAGUGUCAUUCUUUGUAGAACUAUUAGCUGUACUGUUUUAGUUUCUUCAGUUCUAAAGCUAUUGCAUGCUGUGAUCUUUAGAUUUUUAGGUUGCAAUUAAUUGGUAAUGUACUGGACUGUUCUCUUACGCAUUAAGCAGAUUACAACUGUAGUGCUUUUUCAUACUGCAUCACUUCUGGAGCUGUUGCAAACUAAGGGAUAUAGAACUUUGGGUGUAUGUACCUGUUUGAGAGGAGUUUUUUCUGAUCUUUUUGCUAGGUGAUUUGCUAGACCCAUGUAAUUUGCUGUAUGAAGUCACAAGUCUCUUGUCUGUAGCUCUCAACUGACCCUGAUUUCAGUGAAUGUUCUUGAUUUUGUCUCAUAUUUUGCCUGCUCCUCAUACAAUCUGUAUAAAUAUAUGAACAUUUA